GCAAAAAAGACACACCGCUCCGCUUAGCAUUAGAAACCAUCGCCAACCGCCUGUAUACGGAUCUUCUGCUUUCGCCCCGUUUCGCCUAAGAGGGAUUUUUUAAAACCAGACGAGUCAAGGAUCAAGCCUACACAAGAUGCAAUUUCUCGCAGUACCAGUGCUCUUAGGCCUGCUCAGCAACACCUUCGCCGCAUUCCUUGGCCACGGCGCCGGCGUGUCGCUGCACGGCGCUCCGGGAGUCGCCACUCUUCAAAACACCGCGACAGCUGCCACCUUGCGACCAGCCUUCUCCUACGCUGCUGGAGCGCCAGCUGUCACCACCAGCGUUGUGCACCACGCCCCAACUGUUGCAGCCGUCAGGCCCGCCGCUUACACCGUGACAUCCUCGGCUCCGGCUCUGACUACCAGCGUGGUCCGGGCCUCUCCGGCCGUCAGCAGCGUACGAUACGGUGGCCUUGGAUACGGCGGUCUCGGAUACGGAGGUCUAGGAUACGGCACUCUCGGAUACGGCGGUCUCGGAUACGGCGUCGGCCAGAGAGUCGUCACCUCCGCUCCCGCUACCACCACGGUCUACCAACAAGCCCCCGCCGUAUCUUACCGGGGUUACGGCGCUGGACUCGGGUACGGAAGUGGCCUCUCCUACGCAACGGGUCUCGGGUACGGCGGUGGCCUCGGCUACGGGGGGCUCCGCUACGGGGGGCUCCGUUACGGCGUCGGCGCCACCACCCUGUCCGCGCCGUCCGUCUCGCAACUGAGCCGUUUGUCCUACUCGGCGCCCCUGGUUUCCGCCGCGCCGGCGACCGUCAGCUACUCCUCUCCUGCCUCCGUGACGACCGUCCACCACGCCGCUCCCGCCGUCGCCGUUAGGCCCGCCGUUAGCUACGCCACAGCGCCUGCCGUUGCAGCUUACCGUACGGCCGCCGUUGCCACCCCAGUUACCACUUUCGGCGCCGGUCUCGGCUUCGGACACACUGUGGCCGCGGCUCCCGGCUACUCCACUGUCGGCCGCGUCAGCUAUGCCGCCCCCGCCGUCGCCGCCGUCAGGCCUGCCGUGAGCUUCGCCUCUGCUCCAGCCUUGACUGCCGUACGCCCACCUUCAGUCAGUUACACUGCUCCUGCUGUAGCGGCCGUCAGGCCUGCCGUUAGCUACACCACAGGGCCUGCCGUUGCGGCCGUUAGGCCCACCGUGAGCUAUUCCACCGGACCCGCCCUGAGUUACACCACAGGGCAAUCCGUUGCUGCCGUUAGGCCCACCGUGAGCUACUCCACCAGACCCGCCCUGAGCUACACCACAGGGCCUGCCGUUGCUGCCGUUAGGCCCACCGUGAGCUACUCUACUGGACCCACCCUGAGUUACAGCACCGGACCAGCCACUGUCACGUCCUACCGCACCGCCGCCCUCCAAGCGCCCGUCGCCACGUUCGGGACUGGCCUCGGACUCGGCACCACAUUUGGCCAGUCGCUCGUCUCUCCCGGUUUCGCGGCCGUGAGGCCGGCCGUGAGCUACACGACACCCGGCUCCUCCGUGACAACUGUUCACCACGCCGCACCUGCCGUCGCCGUGAGGCCCGCAGCCCUGAGCUACUCCGUCUCUCCAACCGUCAGCGCCGUCAGGCCUACUGUCAGCUACACUUCCGUCAGGCCGGCCACCCUGAGCUACGCCACAGCCCCUGCUUACACCACGUCGUACCGCACCGCGGCGCUCCAGGCUCCGCUGGCCGCGUACGGCGUCGGGUACGGCUCACCCGCUGUUGCGUACCGCACCGCCGCCUACGCAGCUCCCGUGUCCAUGUACGGCGCCGGCAUCGGUCUCGGCCACACCAUCGCCUCGCCCGCCUUGAGCCAAUACCGCACUGUCUCCUACUCCGCACCCGUAGUUGGUGGAUACACAGCUACGGCCGCUCCGGCGACUGUUAGCUACAGCCUCGGAGGACUGCGCGGCGGCUACGCUGCCUACGCUGGCGCUCCGACCGUGGUCCACCAUUCGACGGCGCCAGCCGCCUACGUAACCGGCACGGGUUACGGUGCCACGCAUUCGGGUCUUGUCGGGCACGGAGCCCACUACGGCACCUUGGUGUCCGGCGGAGGACUGUCCUACGGAGGACUGUCCUACGGAGGUCUGUCCUACGGAGUCGGGGCUCCUCACAUCAAGGUCAUCGGCGCCGCUAAGAAGAAGUGAAACGUGGCAUAUUUUGCUUCAACACAGGAGGAGACGGAGGCGUCCCGAAGCGGUUUUCAGAUACAAUGAACGAAACCGAGCGGUAUUUAUUCCCACCUGUCGCACGCCCGAAGAUGGAUAUUUGCACUUUCGUUGGAAAUGCGGCUGCACUUCGACCAAGAUUAGACGAUCCUUGUCCUCUGAAUGCUGUGUGCGCGAGAUCUCUGAGCACGUGAUGAAUAAAGACGGUGAAAAACCUGA